AUGAAGAAAAAUGGAGGGUCACGCUGGAGAAAAUACAACAAAACUCCAAGAGAAAAGGAACAACCACUGUGCUAUGAGUGCAAGAAACCAGGACAUUACAAAACAGAAUGUCCAGAUCUAGAAAAAGAAAAGGAGAAAGAAAAGAAGAAGUCAACUUUCCACAAGAAGAAGAAAGCCAUGAUGGCCACCUGGGAAGACCUAUACACUACAUCAUCUGAAGAUGAUGAACAAGCAAACAUAUGCCUCAUGGUAGACAAAAACUCAUCAUAUGAAUCUGAUGAUGAAGAGGUUAGUGAAUCUGAUUUCAAAGAUCUUCAGCAUGCAUAUAAUCAGCUUCUAACUGAUUCAGCUAAAAUCUCUAUAGCAUAUAAAGAACAGAAGAAAAGAAUUUCUGAACUACUUGAAGAAAAUCUUUUACUCAAAAAUGAAAAUGAAAAAUUAUCAAAAGACUCAGAAAAAGGUCUUAAAGAAACAAAAUUGCUGAACAAAGAAAUUGAGUCUCUAAAAUCUGAUUUAUCAAAGUUCACUCUGGGGACUAAGAACCUUGAAAAUCUUUUGAGAUACUCUAAGAGAAAAAAUGACAAGUCUGGAUUGGGAUAUGUUGAUUCUGAAUCAGAAAACAAAUCAAGUACAUUUGCAUGUCCUACUUAUGGAAAGCAUGGGCAUAUCACGCCUACAUGCAGUCACAUGCACAAGAAGGGGUAUUCCAAAACCUCAAACUCUAACACUUAUUGA